AUGGACGGAAAAGCUGAGUCUUGUGCAGAACUUGACGAAAGCGCGGUGAGACCACCACGCUACGGCGUCCCGGCGCCAGCUGGAGCUCUGACCUCCACCGCAGACACUGCUUCUCGUCCAUUCGCUCCUGGUCGUGGAGGCGCACGCGGUCCAGCGUCCACAGAAGUCGACCCCAAGUCGUCGUUUCUCAUUACUGCUGUAGCAGAGAACCGCGCGCGCGAGAUCGGGAUCUGUGCGAUCGACUUGCUGUCGCCGUACGAGUUGCUCCUGUGGACAGUGAUUGACUCGCACUCGUACGUCGAUACCAUGGCACUGCUUCAUGCCUAUCAGCCGGUGGAGAUCCUCGUGGUUGAAACGUCCAAAGCGCGCAAAAUCAACGAUGAGAUCUCCAAGCGCUUUGGUGGUGCAAACUGUCGCAUUGUACCACUUGCGCGGAAGUACUUUGACCAGACCAAAGGAGCAGAAGACAUCAAACGCGUGAUGGCAAACAACGUCGACAUCAAUAUCGGACGGAAUUACGUUGCCAUGGCCGCUGUGGCGUGCGUAAUGAAGUACGUUGAGUAUAUACAGGGAGUCUACAUCGCGGAAAAGACGCUGAAGGUUGUGCUGAGCCCGUCAACGCGUAAACUGCUGAUGGACCAAGCAACGGUUUCCGCUCUGGAGUUGAUCCAAGGCACACGAGGAACAAGUGACAGCCAGUCUCUAUACAAGAUGCUGAAGAACACGCAAACCAUGGCCGGGAAUCGACUGCUCCGGUCGACGAUGCUGCAGCCGACGUGCCACCUGAAAACAAUUCAGGCACGCCACGAAGUUGUUGGAAUCUUCCUCGAUAACCCUGCGUGGUUUUUCGAUGUAAUGGAAGAGCUGCGGGACUUCGUCGACCUGGACCGCUUACUGGGCCAACUCGUUUUCAUUCCCAAAGUAGUUACACCUCGAGUUUCACGAAUCGCCAUCGGCAGUGUGAUCGCGCUUAAGCACACCUUGGAUUGUUUGCCAAAACUAGUUUCGUGUCUGGAAUCAACCUCAGCAAAGCUCGAUAAGCCUUGUCUUCUACUCGACUCGAUCAUUCAAAGCUUGUGCGACGAACAGUUUACAGGGAUAAAAGCCGAUAUUGAGCGAGUUGUGAACGACCGAGUCAAAAUUUGUCGCUCGGCUGCACAGAAGCGCAUCCAAGAGUGCUUUGCCGUUCGAGCAGGAGUCGACGGCAUGCUUGACGUAGCACGACGAUCCUACCUCGAUACGAUCGAGAAGAUUCACGAGGUCAUUCACAUGUACAAGGAGAACCUCGGAAUUCCCAUUCGACUGAAUUACACGGCUCGAAGAGGAUACCAUCUGGCUGUUCCCGUCAAUACGAAGGAUUUGCCUGCAAGCUUCAUUGAACGGGUGACAACGAAAACAGUAAUCUGCUGCUCUACAAAGCCACUGGUUUCUCUCAACGUGCGGCUCAACGAAGCGCUCACCGCGGUCUACAAGCUAUCGAACGAUGUCAUACAACAACUCCUUGACAAGAUCCGCCCUCGAUCUUCAGCCAUGCACGCGAUGGUUGAAAGUGUCGCGCUUCUUGACAUGCUCCUAAGCUUUGUACACGUUGUAGCCCUGUCGCCACCGGACAAGCCAUACACAAAGCCAAGUAUCACUGAGCAUGGCAACUUGAUCAUCAAGAAAGGGAGGCAUCCGCUAGUUGAGCGUGUGAUGAAAGAUCGGGCUUACAUCCCAAGCGACACGUUCUUUGACCCGCUGAGCACUUUCCACAUUAUUACUGGUCCUAAUUGCGCAGGCAAGUCGACAUAUCUGCGAGCGACAGCUCUGAUUACAAUACUGGCCCAGAUGGGGUGCUAUGUCCCAGCCUUUGAAGCUACCAUUCCAAUUCGAGAUCGGAUCUGCACCAGGUUCGGAACCUCUGACGAUAUGGAAGAAAACGCGAGCUCUUUCGCGGUUGAGAUGACUGAGACGGCUUUCAUCCUGGAAUCGUGCACGGCAAAGUCAUUGGUGCUCAUUGACGAGCUGGGCCGAGGCACAGCCAUUGACGAAGGCGUAGCGAUCGCAUGGAGCAUCGGCGAGGAGAUGAUCCAUCGAGGAUCCUACACUUGUUUCGCAACUCAUUAUCACCAACUCAAUCGUCUUGCUCGUCUAUAUCCUCGCUGUCGGAGUUACCACAUGGGCACUGAAUCGAACACAAAUUCUGUGCAUUAUCGCUGCGUGUUGAAGGAUGGACCCUACCCAUCGAUUGGUAUGUACGGCAUCAAGACAGCAGCGCUGAGCGGUUUGCCAGCUGAAGUGAUCCGCGAAGCAGAGCGCAUCUACGAGAAGAUGUGCAGUGAACGCCAAGCUGCCGAAAAUUCGAUCGACCAGGCCUCCACGACUGAUGACACGAGCAGGAUCAACAGGAACCUUCUUCACCAUUUAUACGUGCUUCGUUACGCAGGUCUAGAUAACGCAGGUCUGCGACGUCAGCUACAACAUCUGAAGAACCGCUUCCUAGCCCCGGCAGGAUGA